CUGCUACAAAGUACCUUCGUGGCCGCGAUUUUAACUGGUGUCUGGUAAUAGCUUGUGUAGUGCUCUACGCCACCAUGGUGAAAUACGUACUUCACUACUUCAAGGGUUUUAACGGCCGUGGUGAAAGUAUCCGUCUGGCUUUCAAGCUAGCUGGUGUCGACUAUGAAGAAAGGAACUUCGAGUAUGCGGAUUGGCCAAAGCUAAAACCGAACUAUGUUACCCAGCAAACGCCGUCGCUGGAGGUCGACGGGACGAUGAUAUGUCAGAGUAAGGCUAUCCUGAGAUAUCUGGCCAGGGAAUUUGGGUUUUAUGGCAAGACAUCCCUGGACGCGGCAUUCAUAGACCAAACACUCGACACGAUCGAAGACAUUUGGUCGGAAGUCAACGUUGUCUUCCACGGGCCUCCAGAAAGCAGGCCAGAAAGAAUGGAAAGGUUCUUGAAGGAUGUGGUCCCGCCGAUCUACGCGACUCUGGAGCGGUUGCUUGCACAGGAGCAAGCUGGGGAGUUCUUCGUUGGAAACUCGAUCACAGCCGCUGAUCUCUUUUUCUUCACCGCUGUUGACAUGGCGAAUCACAUAUCAAAGGGCGCCAACACCCUGGAGAAGUGCCCGAAGCUGAGCGCCCUCAAGGAACGCAUUGCUGCCAACCCCAAGAUCGCAGCCUGGUUGGCUGUGCGACCACCUGAAGCGACGUUUUAAGUAGAAAA